GCAUGAAGACAUUUAAUCAGCCAUUAGAUGUACAUCUUGCAGAGUUUCACAUUUGUAACCACUUCAUUCCAGCAAAAAGAACACAAGCUUAUAAGUUGCAUAUGCUUCAAAGAGUUAAAGACUUCUCCCAUGUAACAGAGGCGAUUGACACUCAGGAAUUUGUAUAUGUUUGUCGUUCUUGCCAGUUUGCAAGUAAGGAUAUUAAUGCAGUCAGAUUUCAUGUUAACAUUCAUGAGGAUGUUUAUCAAGCCAUUCCUGGCAAAAUUUCUUGUGAGUGUAAUCAGAGGAAAUAUUCUUAUCCAUUUCAUAAAUGGAAACACCUACUUCAUUGCAGUACUUAUGAAUGUAUGAUAUGCAAUUUCUAUUUUGCAUGUGAAAAAGGACUGUUGAAUCACCUUCAUGCUUUGCAUUUUAGUGAAGGCACUUGUAACAGUUGUAAAAAGGAAGUAACGCGAGACAGCAUGUUAGCACAUGCUUGUCUUACCUCAUGCAAACAUGAUUCAGAAACUCUGGAUUUGGAACCAGAGGAAUCAAAUAUGAACUUCAGGUUUGGAUUGUCAUGGAAUACUCUUGACAAUUAUAUCAACUAUCUAGAUGGUAAAGAUUUUAGAUUAAAUACUUCUUCUAAAUUGACAGAUCCUAAUCUUGAUAGAAGUUACCUGAAAUUUCCAAUUAAAAAUGUGCUUAGUGAAGCAGUAGUACCUGAUGAAGUAAAGUUGGACCCUGGGAAGGAUAUUGGAAAGUAUAUGAAGGGAAAGAAAAAUAUCAAGUUAACCCUCAAUGAGGAAAGCUAUAGCAUUGUGAAGAACUUCCAUUUAUCAGUGCAGUUUGAUCUUGAAAAGAAAUUAGGCAGAAAGGGGAGAAGGGGCCAAGGUUUCAUUCCAAGAGCCAAGCGUGAGGAUGAUUUAUUUGAUGUUUUGGGUUUGGGAACCAUUCGAUCAAGAGGAUCUAUAAGACAAGAUCUGGGUGAGCCCUCCAAUAGUCCCAGAACAAAGAAGGGCAGAAGCAAGGCAAAACAAGAAGCAAAUAAGGAGGAAAGUGACUCUCAUGGACAGGAUUUACCCAAUCUAACUCGCACAAGAUCAGGAAUGCAGCCUAUGAGAGAAGGGGAUGACAAGAUUUAUGAAACACCUGGUCCUCUAUCUGAGCCAGGGAUUGUGAUCGAUGGAGAGUGGACCAAAAAUCAUACAUACAUUUGUUGUUCUUGUGGAGCAGGAUACUUGGACCUUGCUGAUAUGAUGGACCACAAGUGGGAGUCCCAUCCUUCUGUGUGGUGUGCUCAUACCAUGAUUCAAGGGCAAGGGGAUGUCCCAGCAAGCUUCUGCAGACAGUAUCAGCCACCUACCACUCAGCCACCCAAACUUCCACUACCUUGCACUACUCCCAAGCAAACCCCCUCUAGUACACCAAGUCGGAGGAAUUCAGAUGCAAACACCCCUACCCCAGCUGAGAAGCCGCAAUAUGUCUGCUCGCUUUGUAAGCUUGAGUUUCAAGAAAGAACUCCAUUCCAUGCACAUUUGGUAGAGUGUGGAGGCCUAAAUCAUGUGGCAUCUUCAAAGAAAAAGAAUAAGAAAGGUUUCAGGUUUAAGCGUCGCAAGGGUCAGGGUGUACCAAGCAACCGUUAUGGCAACAGUUCCCAGCCCGGCACUCCACUCAAGGCUAAGCCGGGUGAUAGGUCAUCAGGGCUCAACACCCCACAGUUGGACAGGACUUCACAGGGGGCUUUCCAAUCAUCAGGUGUCAAACGUCGCCUAGAACUGGCUGUAGGCUCUAUAGAUAAUGCCGAGCUGAAGAAUCGUCUGAAGGCCAUCAUCACCGGUCAAAGAAAGCUUCAGGGAAUGUGGCUGGUAUGUCCAGCCGCCGAACUAUCAGAAUGAAAUUGCGUAAGAAGGCACUGGAGACUAAGAGACUCAGGAAGACAAGGCACAGUGACCGUGUUAAGGAGAAUGUCUCAAAGCAACAGGAGAAGGGGAAGGAAGAGGGAGGCAAAGAGGAGAAAAAGGGCAAGGAUG